CACCCACCAUGCGCCUCUCAGACACCCUCUCCUCCCUCGGCCUCAGCGCCACUCUGGCUAUCUCCCUCUAUAAUGGACUUGCGGUCGCAGACACCUACAAUGGCGGCUGCAAGGGUGACAACCCGGUAAAGCUCCGCAUCGGCAACGGCGGCGCCGGUCAAAGCGGUCUCGUUAAGGAACUCGCCGAUCACUUCAUCAAAAACCAAACAGAUAACUGCGCCUCCGGCGCCUUUAAAGUUGAAUGGGUCAAAGGCGACACGACGGAAACAAUCAACAACCUCAGAGCCAAGACCGUAGACAUCGGAAUCACCUACCACCAAACCGCGGAACAAAUAGCCAUCAAGACUGGGUUCGCCUCCGGCUGCAAAUACAAGGAUACGAACAGCACGACACCCUGCUUCGGCGACUGCAAGGACCACGAGGAACGGCCGUGCUACACAUUCCGCGACCACUUCUACCUCGCUGGCCCGAAGAAUGAUACCGCGAAUAUUAAGGAUGAGGAUGAUAUCGUCGAGACGUUCUCAAAGCUGUACAAUGCGGCGGAGAAUGGGACAGCGCGGUUCCUGAGUCGGUUUGACAAGUCGGCGACGAAUAUUAAGGAUUCGGAGCUGUGGAUUGGGAUUGGACAGGUUCCUUGGGCAAUUGCCUACUCCAAGUGGUAUCACCAGUACAUGGACUACCCGAUCCAGGCGUUGAAGGCGGCCAUCAAUCUUCAGGAAUACACCGUGACCGAUCGCGGAACGUUCCUGACGCUCGGAAACCAGGAGAAGGGCCUCACUGAUAAGAUUAAGGUCUACAAGCGGGGUGAGGAUUACGACGAGCUGCUGAACCCGGCGGACAUUAUUAUCUCUGCGAACUCCGAGAAUAAGGAUGUGGCACAGGACUUCGUGCAAUGGGUUCUUGGUGCCGAGGGUCAGGAAGUUAUCGUCAACUUCCACAAGGAAGAUGGCUAUUGUCUGUAUAGGGGGUUCCCUGCCGAUGAUGGCCAAGAUGUCAAGGCUUCGGAUUGCAAAUGGGAGCUCAGCUGAUU